UUUGAUUCUAAAGAAGGGAAGACGGAUAAGGAGGGACUGAAAGCGAGCUGAUCGCAUGGUUCAUUUUGUAAUACGGGAUUCGGAUUUCAAAAGCUUGCAGACAAUUGGUGCCUCCGUUCCCCCCCCCCCUUCUGUUGAGGAAAAUGGAAGCGAUCUUAAGUUAGAGCAGUUCUUUGCAAACUACAAAUGACUUUGUAUCAAAGGCCUAGUACUGUAUAAAUCAGUUUUCUGAGAAUAAAUAUAUCAAAGAAGAUUAAAUUCUGUACUCGCAUGUUAUAACUGACUUAACAUGUUUUGAAAAGCAGGGGUAUUUUGCAAGUUUUGAAAGUGCUUCCGAGAGCCUGUUUCUUUAGUUACUCUGAAGUAAAUAAUGUGUCUCUUCCGCUACAGUCCUAAAUAUAUUUAUUUGGGAAUCUGUUUUGUAGAACAUCCUUGGUUCUGAGUUAAAAACUAGCAGAGUCUUCUUUAUCUGACAGUAACUGAUUAUUUAGCUGAAUUAGAUUGUUGUAAAAUUCAUCUAGGUGCCUCCUGCCUUGAGGAAAUGUGAGAGUUUGUGAACUUCAGAAAUUUUAACUUUCAAGCUGUUACGAUAUGCAGAUCAGAAUAUGAAGAGAAACAAGGAAUUAAAUCUUGGCACUUGGUUGCUGUGUCUGAGUGAUUAAACAAGGAAAAUGUGUUUACUUCUCUGUGAACCAAACGUCCUUUCAGAGAACCUAAUCAUGUCUGGAUUCUGAAGUUUGAAAUACCUGUACCUGGAAAGAUGGGAGCCUUUCUACUUUUCCUGACCUGGAGUUUAAUAUUACAUUUGGCUGAUGGGCACAGCUUAUUCACAUGUGAACCCAUCGAUAUUCAAAGAUGUUCUGGAAUGUCCUACAAUAUGACAUUUUUCCCGAAUUUAAUGGGACAUUAUGAUCAACACAUUGCAGAUGUCCACUUGAAGCCAUUUUUUCCUCUUCUGACUAUCAAAUGUUCACCAGAUGUCCACAUAUUUCUGUGCAAAGCAUUUGUGCCUCCCUGCGUGGAUCCAGUGCAUGUGAUCCAUCCAUGCAGAAGUCUUUGUGAAAGAGUCUACUCUGACUGUAAAGAAAUAAUAGACACGUUUGGAAUUGCAUGGCCUGAGGAGCUUGAAUGCAACAGGUUGGAAGACUGUGAUGAAACUUCUGCUGUUACUCCUCCUCUAACUACGAGAGCCCACGGGAUCCACAAGACCCGUGGACAACCCAGAAGGGACUAUGGAUUUUGGUGUCCGCGCCAUCUACAGACCUUUAGUAGUCAAGGCUACAGGUUUUUGGGAAUUGAUCAGUGUGCACCCCCAUGCCCCAACAUGUAUUUCAAUAGCCAUGAGCUGGAUAUUGCCAAAAGCUUCAUUGGGAUUGUUUCAAUUUUUUGUCUCUGUGCUACUCUGUUCACAUUCCUAACAUUUUUAAUUGAUGUUAAACGGUUCAGAUACCCGGAAAGGCCAAUAAUAUACUAUUCUGUUUGUUACAGUAUAGUGUCUCUUGUAUACUUCCUUGGGUUUCUUCUCGGAAACAAAACCGCUUGUAAUCCGGUAGAUGAAAAACUACAGUUUGGUGAAACAGUUGUUCUUGGUUCCCAGAACAAAGGCUGUACAAUUGUUUUCAUGGCUUUGUAUUUUUUUACAAUGGCAGGAACUGUUUGGUGGGUGGUUCUCACAGUCACUUGGUUCCUAGCUGCUGGACGAAAAUGGAGUUGUGAAGCUAUUGAGCAAAAAGCAAUGUGGUUCCAUGCAGUUGCCUGGGGUAUGCCUGGCUUUCUCACAAUCCUGCUUCUUGCUAUGAACAAAGUGGAAGGUGACAACAUCAGUGGUGUUUGUUUUGUUGGUCUCUAUGACUUGGAUGCUUCUAGAUUCUUUGUUCUUUUCCCAUUGUGCCUUUGUGUCUUUGUUGGUUUGUCUCUCCUUCUGGCCGGCAUAAUCUCUCUCAAUCAUGUGCGGCAAGUCAUACAGAAUGAUGGCAGAAAUCAAGAAAAGCUGAAGAAAUUCAUGAUUCGAAUUGGUGUCUUCAGUGGCUUAUAUCUGGUACCUCUAGUGAUGCUCUUGGGAUGUUAUAUCUAUGAGCAAGUGUACAGGAAAAUAUGGGAAACCACUUGGGUCUAUGACCACUGUGAUGAGUUCCAUAUACCUUGUCCUUAUCAGGUCAAGAUAUUAGCAAGACCAGAAAUAAGCUUGUUUUUGAUGAAAUACCUAAUGACUUUAAUUGUUGGCAUCUCUCCAGUCUUUUGGAUAGGAAGCAAAAAGACCUGUUCUGAAUGGGCAAGUUUCUUCAAAAGAAAUCGCAAGAGAGAUCCGAUCAGUGAAAGCCGGAGAGUAUUACAAGAGUCAUGUGAAUUUUUCUUAAAGCACAACUCUAAAGCAAAGCAUAAAAAGAAGCACUACAAAUCCAGCUCUCACAAAUUGAAGGUAAUUUCAAAAUCAAUGGGGACCAGCACAGGUGUCACAACCAAUCAUGGCACUUCCGCAGUGGCAAUUGCUAACCAUGAUUACUUGAGCCAAGAGACUUUCACUGAGAUCAAAAGCUGUCCAGAAACAUCUGAGAGAGAACUGGAAGCAGAUGGAACAUCAAGCCAGAAGAUGGAGGAAGAGGAGUUGGCCUGCAGUGAACAGAGUGGAUCACAAAUGCUUUCAAGCCCUAAAGGGAUUUCAGCACAACUAGAAAAAAGAGGCAAGACAGACAACCUGCAAGAUGUCAGCUUAGCUGAAAGCACAAAGAAAGGGACUGAAGGAAGAGCAACUCCUAAAAGUGACAUUCUGCUCCGUCAGCCACAGCAUGAUGUGUCCCACCCAGGAAGUACCAAGGGGUCAGUCUUGCAAUAUGCCCACUCUGUGUCAGACUCAAGAGAAGCCCAGGAGGCUGUUGAUGAGAAACACUAAUGUGCAUAAGCUCAAGUUAUGAAAUGGAGGGAUUCUUGUCUUACACUGGAAGUAGGUAUUAGAUUAUGUUUUGUAAGUAGGUGCCACACACACUUUUCUUGGUUGCACUUCUAAAAAUGUUAUUUUUUGCCAAUACAUUAUGGUCACUUACAGUCCACACACUGAAAACUAGGCGUGUGUUUAAGGGAGAAAAAAGAGCAAAAAUAUAAAUCACCACUUUAUAAGCUUUGUAUCAACUGCAUUGAAGUGAAAGAGGGAAAAUGCUGAUACUUUGAAAUGUGUUGGAAAAAAUGUAAUUGUUUCAGUGUUGCAUUAUCAGUGCUACUGAGUCCUAUCACACAGCAGGUUCAAACCACUACAAAGAACAAACAAGGAGAAAACUGUUUCACAAUUCCUUGGGUGGUGAAGCAGAUGGAUGCUGCCAAAAUAAUUGCACAGUCUCAUUUGAGGAUUUGCUUAAGCGGCAGCAAUGCAAGCAGUAACAUGAAUUCCUGCAAUAGAAGCAUAACCCUAUCUCUCUCCUAAUCAUCAGCCAUCUUGGUCUUUCCUGCCAGAAAAUCUUUAGCCCAUUUUUACUCUGUCCAAAGCAAAUGUAUGUUUGCAUAUAUCCUUGUGAUACAGCAUCCCUGUAUUUACAGCUUAGUUGGUUCUCCUAUGAUGGUUGUAAUGUGAGCCAUUGCAUAGCAAACCCUACUUUCCCAUUGGAGUUUGGUCCUAUCAAGCCUCAGUUCCACUUUCCCCUCGUUUUGAUCUUCCACUGUAUCACCUGCUCUAUCAGGCCCCCCAUCAUCCUCUAUCCUACACUGUUUUGCUUGCUCCUUUUACCCACUUUGCCUGUCUUCUCAAUUCCCAUACCUGCCCUACCUUAUCUUGUUUGUGCCUGCUGUCAUGAUUUCCCGGUCAAGACGCUCUCUCUGUAGCCACUCAGCCAUACUACUCAUCCUGGGUUGGGAGAGGCAGAUGGUAGUGAGGGCUAUGGAAUUUGACUGGAACCAUCUCACUCCCAACAACCCUAGUCUCCCAGACUUACCCAUGUUCUAGGGAGUCUAAAACAAGAAAAUAAUUCCCAAGGCUAGGCACUUAGAGCUUGCAUGCAAACCUUGCAUAGUAGCUGCCUCCACUCCCACACAAACUGCUGGUUGAGGCAAGGACUGGUUUUAGUACCACAGACUGCCUCAGCUGGAUGGUUACAAGAAAAAGUUUUUCAAAAUCCAGGAUCAAUUGUGGAGGUAGACUUAAAGGCAUCCAAGAGGAACACACUGGAAAAUAAUGAAAGCUGGUCAACCCUAUCUGUUACUCACACCUUGACAGAAAGAUAGCAUAGUUCCAAGACAUGCAGAUUGCAGGACUGCAAACAGAUCCACUAUCCUUCUCAGAGGCAGGCUAAAAUCCUUCGAGGCGUCCAAGAAAAGCAAGUGAGCAAAGAACUUUGUCUUCAGAGAUACGCUAGGUUGACUAGUUAAUUUUUCUAAUUCCCUUUUAUACAAGGCUAUUGCACAAUGGGAGUGCCUGACCACCUUAUCUAUCUCCUGAGAAACCUAUACGUGGGACAGGAAGCAACAGUUAGAA